AUGGAUGGAAUUCUCGCAGUCGGCGCGUUCUCUGUGAUAAUCGGAGCUUUGGUCGCGUUCCUGGCGUUCGGCAGCUAUUUCCGGAAGAGGAAAUCUGAAAUUCAAUCCAUUGCGACGCCAGAAACUCGUAAUCCGAACCCGAAGCCUAAUUCGAAGACCGUGGUUGUGAAGAAGCCCCAGCUCAAAUCUCACUCGCACUCUCAUGCAGCCGAUAAAGAUGCUAGUAAGAAACAUCAUCGUUUGGAUUUGAAUACUUUGAAAGGGCAUGGAGACGCUGUCACAGGUCUUUGUUUUUCGCCCGAUGGCCGGAGCUUAGCAACUGCUUGUGGAGAUGGUGUUGUCAGGGUUUUCAGGUUGGACGAUGCUGCAAGCAAAAGUUUCAAGUUUCUGAGAAUUAGCCUGCCUGCUGGAGGUCAUCCAACUGUGCUUUCAUUUGCUGGUGACUCGUCAUCUGUAGUGGUGGCCUCCCAUGCGCUAUCAGGAUCAUCCCUUUAUAUGUAUGGAUAUGAAAAACCUAAAUCAGCUGGCGAGCAAAAGCAGCAGAGCAAGCUGCCUCUCCCUGAAAUCAAAUGGGAACAUCACAAAGUGCAUGAUAAGAGGGACAUAAUCACUCUGGUUGCGACCAAGGCGACUUAUGGCAGUGCUGAUGGUAGUACAAUUGUUUUGUCUUGCUCUGAAGGCACUGAUAUUAUGCUCUGGCACGCAAAAACUGGGAAGGUGUUGGGUCAUGUUGAUACAAAUCAGCUUAAAAACACAAUGGCCACUGUUUCUCCAAAUGGCCGUUUUAUUGCAGCUGCUGCAUUUACUGCUGAUGUGAAGGUCUGGGAAAUUGUGUAUUCAAAAGAUGGUUCAGUGAAGGAGAUUGUGAAAGCCAUGCAGCUCAAAGGUCACAAGAGUGCUGUCACUUGGCUUUGCUUUGGUCCAAAUUCGGAAUACAUUAUCACAGCGUCUAAGGAUGGUACAAUAAGAACAUGGAAUAUCAAUGUUCGGUAUCAUCUGGACGAGGACCCAAAGACUUUGAAGGUGUAUCCGAUUCCACUUCAUGAUGCAAGUGGCACUACUUUGCAUUAUGACCGUCUCAGUCUAUCUUCUGAUGGAAAAAUACUGGCGGCGACUCAUGGUUCAACGUUGCAAUGGCUGUGUGCUGAGACGGGACAGAUUUUGGAGACUGCUGAAAAGGCCCAUGAUGGUGAUAUUACGGACAUGGCAUGGGCACCUACAUCUAUUCCAUUGGAAAAUAAACCCGUGCCUGUCUUGGCUACGGCCAGCACCGACAAGAAAGUCAAGCUGUGGGCAGCCCCACCACUUCAAUCCUCCUGA